AAUCCAAAGCCUCAGAAAAUUUCAGCUCAAACGCCUGUAAUUUUCUACCUCUUUCUCUCUCCUCCACUCUCUCUCUCUCAUCCUAUAUAUACACAGAUACAUACACUAUAUAUUCUAGCACUAAGCUUCAAAAACAUAUCAUAGCCCACAUAUAUUUCUUAGCCGUUUGAGACAUUAAUUUUUGUCAUUCUUUAUUUUCUUGCAUUUUCUAUAAUGGAACUUUGUAAUAAUGGUCAUGCCUCGGUCAAGACCUCGUGUGUCCAUGACCCAUUGGGUUGGGUUGCGGCCGCGGAGGGGCUACAGGGAAGCCACCUGGAUGAGGUGAAGCGCAUGGUGGCCGAGUAUCGGAAGCCGGUGGUCUUGCUAGGCGGGGAGACCUUGACCAUAUCACAGGUGGCCGCGAUAGCCACCCGUGACACGGAGGUGAAGGUGGAGCUGUCGGAGACUGCCAGGGCCGGCGUGAAGGCCAGCAGUGACUGGGUGAUGGAUAGCAUGAAGAAUGGGAUUGAUAGUUAUGGUGUUACCACUGGUUUUGGUGCAACUUCACAUAGGAGGACCAAAGAGGGUGCAGCACUGCAGAGGGAGCUUAUUAGAUUCUUGAAUGCCGGGAUAUUCGGUAACAGGACGGAAUCUUCCCAUAUCCUACCUCACUCUGCAACUAGGGCCUCAAUGCUGGUGAGGAUCAACACCCUCCUUCAAGGAUAUUCAGGGAUUAGGUUUGAGAUCUUGGAAGCCAUAACCAAGUUGCUUAACCACAACAUCACACCAUGCUUGCCCCUCCGUGGCACGAUCAGUGCCUCGGGUGAUCUGGUCCCACUGUCCUACAUUGCUGGGCUUCUAUUGGGCCGGCCCAAUUCAAAAGCCGUUGGGCCCAAUGGAGAGUCACUCAAUGCUGCCGAGGCGUUUGGGCUUGCGGGAAUCAAAACUGGAUUCUUUGACUUGCAGCCCAAAGAAGGGCUUGCGCUAGUCAAUGGCACUGCUGUUGGUUCUGGGUUGGCUUCCAUGGUCCUCUUUGAGACUAACAUCCUCGCGGUCUUGUCGGAGGUUCUAUCGGCUCUCUUUGCCGAAGUAAUGCAAGGAAAGCCCGAAUUUACGGACCAUUUGACCCACAAGUUGAAGCACCACCCUGGCCAAAUUGAGGCUGCAGCCAUAAUGGAACACAUUUUAGAUGGAAGCUCCUAUGUCAAAGAAGCUCAAAAGGUACAUGAAAUGGACCCUCUCCAAAAGCCUAAACAAGACCGGUACGCCCUCCGAACAUCGCCCCAAUGGCUCGGCCCACAGAUCGAGGUGAUCCGAGCAUCCACCAAAUCCAUCGAACGAGAGAUAAAUUCAGUGAAUGACAACCCUUUGAUCGACGUUUCGAGGAACAAGGCCCUACAUGGAGGCAAUUUCCAAGGCACCCCAAUUGGUGUCUCAAUGGACAACACUCGUCUGGCCAUUGCAUCAAUAGGGAAACUCAUGUUUGCCCAAUUUUCCGAGCUAGUAAAUGACUAUUACAACAAUGGUCUCCCCUCAAACCUCUCCGGUGGUCGUAAUCCGAGCUUGGAUUACGGGUUCAAAGGUGCUGAAAUUGCAAUGGCCUCUUACUGUUCCGAACUCCAAUUUCUUGCUAAUCCGGUAACCAACCAUGUCCAAAGUGCUGAGCAGCAUAACCAAGAUGUGAACUCAUUGGGAUUGAUCUCUUCAAGGAAAACAGCUGAAGCUGUUGACAUAUUGAAGCUCAUGUCUUCCACUUACUUGGUUGCUCUCUGCCAAGCCAUUGACUUGAGGCACUUGGAGGAGAACUUGAAAAACACAGUGAAAAACACAGUUAGCCAAGUGGCGAAGAGGGUUCUAACCAUGGGCUGCAAUGGUGAGCUUCACCCCUCUAGGUUCUGCGAGAAGGACUUGCUCAAAGUGGUGGACAGAGAACACUGUUUUGCCUACAUUGAUGACCCCUGCAGUGGCACUUACCCAUUGAUGCAGAAGCUGAGGCAAGUCCUGGUCGAGCACGCGUUGAUCAAUGGCGACGGAGAGAAGAACUCUAGCACUUCAGUGUUCCAAAAGAUUGGAGCUUUUGAGGACGAAGUAAAAGCCCUUUUGCCUAAAGAAGUCGAAAGUGCAAGACGUGACGUCGAAAGUGGCAGGCCAAGCAUUCCGAACAGGAUCAAGGAAUGCAGGUCAUACCCAUUGUACAAGUUUGUGAGGGAGGCAUUGGGGAGUAGUCUCCUAACCGGUGAGAAAAUCCGGUCACCGGGAGAGGAGUUCGACAAGGUGUUCUCGGCCAUGUGUGCAGGGGAGUUGAUUGAUCCAAUGCUGGAGUGUUUGAAGGAAUGGAAUGGAGCUCCUCUACCUAUAUGUUAGAAUAUAUAAUAACCAUAUAUACUCUGCGAACUUUACCAUUAUUGUUUCUUUUUUUCUUUUUCUUUAUUUGUAAUUUUUUGCUCUGUUAUUUGCAGUGUAUGUACCUGAAAUUUGAUUUCAAAGUGUUUAUGAUAUUUGUAUACUUCUCUUUC